CAGAACAAAUUUCACACACCAUCUUUGUAUUUUUUUUUUUAUUAUUUAUUUUUGGUAUUCUGUGCAUACAGAUUUCAAUUUUUUUCACUUUCAUGUAACUAUUUCUCAUACCCAUCUAGCAAACCCUCACGAAUCGAGUUCAACACCCAACCCAGAAACCAAACGAUUUUGAUCAAGAAACAGAGACGAUGGUAUCGUUAAUUCGAGACCCAUAUGGUUUGUGAGAAGACCUUUUGGUUUUCUUUUGCGUUUUUGAGAAUUGGGUACUUUAAUGGGUGAUCUCCGAGAAGAAGAGAGGCAAGUUCCAUCACCACCAUCACCGUCAUCGUCGAACCCAGAGCGCUGGAACAGAGCAGAGGAAGCGACCCAGAAGAUUGUAUGGCAGGUUCAGCCCACUGUCUUGUCUGAGAAAAGGAGGAGGGAGGUUAUAGAUUACGUUGAGAGGUUGAUUGGAGGUGCUAUUGGUUGCGAGGUCUUUCCAUUUGGAUCGGUACCACUAAAAACAUAUCUUCCUGAUGGAGAUAUUGAUUUGACAGCCUUUGGUGGUACAAAUGUUGAGGAUGCUUUGGUGAAUGAGGUAGUAUCUGUACUUGAAGCUGAAUAUAAGAAUAGGGCUGCUGAAUUCAUAGUGAAGGAUGUCCAACUCAUUUGGGCUGAGGUUAAGCUCGUUAAAUGCAUCAUACAGAAUAUUGUGGUGGAUAUCUCCUUCAAUCAACUAGGAGGGCUCUGUACACUAUGCUUUCUUGAGCAGGUUGAUCACCUUAUUGGCAAAGAUCAUCUAUUUAAACGCAGUAUUAUACUGAUUAAGGCAUGGUGCUAUUAUGAAAGUCGUAUUCUUGGUGCUCAUCAUGGCUUGAUUUCUACAUAUGCUUUGGAGACACUGGUUCUAUACAUCUUCCAUUUUUUCCAUUCAGCAUUGAAUGGUCCUUUAGCAGUUCUAUAUAGAUUUUUGGACUACUUUAGCAAAUUCGAUUGGGACAAUUACUGCAUUAGUUUAAUUGGUCCAGUCCGUAUAUCCUCAUUGCCAGAGAUUGUGGCUGAGAAGCCUGAAAAUGGUAUGAGUGACCUACUGCUUAGUAAUGAUUUUCUGAGGUAUUGUGCAGACAAGUUCUCAGUUCCUUCAAGGGGGGUUGACAUAAAUUCACGAACUUUUUGCCAAAAGCAUCUCAACAUAAUUGAUCCACUAAAAGAAAACAACAACCUUGGACGCAGUGUCAGCAAAGGAAACUACUAUCGAAUACGGAGUGCUUUCUCAUAUGGGGCCCGUAAACUUGGGCAAAUCCUUUUGCAGCCAGAAGAUAACAUUGCCGGCGAACUCUGCAAAUUUUUCUCAAACACUUUGGAUAUUCACGGAAGUGCUCAGAGGCCUGAUGUUCAAGAUCCAGUCCCCAUGUCUGGUCACAAUAGUUUCAUUUCUGCGUCAUCAAUUUUAGAAACUGUAUCAGGUCAAAAAGAGAGCGCAAUUUCUGAUUUAAACUCUGCUAAUGGAUCAUCCCACAAUGGAGAUUAUAACAGUGAAUUAUCAGGGAUCAAGACAAAAGUAGGUAGAACUGUGAAUGGAUAUCAAAAUGGCUAUACGAAGGUGGUUAAUGCCGCAUUAUUGUCAGAAACUGAUGGUUCUCCGAAUAGGACCGCUGUUAUGGGAAGCCGUUUUUCUGGGGAUGCAGAAGACCUGGCGACUUCCAGAAUUCAAAGUCUUAAAAUUUCCAAUGAUACAACUAAAGCUUUCCAUCCAAGUGGUGAGGAGAGUAUGCCUCAACGGGGCAUUACAUAUCAUGCACCUCACCUUUAUUUUUCUGGCUCUGUAUCAACUAAUGGAAAACCGGGAUAUGGAAAAUCUGAUAAGAAAGAGCUAGAAUCCUCUGUUUUGAUUGCAGAUCCUGACAAGAACUUGCCAGUUGGUAAUCAUGAGGUCCCGACCACUGUUGGAUCAAAGGAUGUUGCUUCAGAUCUCAGUGGGGAUUAUAAAAGUCACCUUCAUAGUUUGCAAUAUGGUUGGUGGUGCUACGAGCACUCCUCAAGUGUGCCUGCUUUGCCUAUGAUUCCAAUGUUGCCCUCACAGUUUCAUAGUAAGAGUUCAUGGGAUGUAAUCCGGCAUGCAUAUCACUUCAAGCGGAAUGGGUUUUCCAAUGUGAAUGCUAAUGGUGUUAUCCCAAGACCCACUUUCUACCACAUGAACACGCUGCUUUUACCUGGCACAACAUUUGGUGCGGAGGAGAUGCCAAAGCCACGAGGAACGGGGACAUACUUCCCAAAUGUGAACCGGCCUCCGUACCAGAACACUUCGACCGGGAGGGGGAGGAAUCAGGGACCAGUGAGGUCCCCUCGUAACAAUGGGCAGGCAGUGACACCCAUGGAGACAAACUUGCUAGACAGAAGCAGUCGUGAACUGUCACAAACUCAAUUUUCUGAUCAAGGUUAUGGGAAGUCCGGGUCUUCAGAUUCCUAUGAGUGUGAUUCCCCUGGUGGAACUGUGUACCCUGACAUCAAUAGUUUACUUCUCCAAUCUGAUGGAGUCAUUGAGUUUGGGUCAGCUGGGCACGUUCCAUUAGCAGUGACAUUGCCAGAAUGCAGCAGGCAAUUGAAUCCUGCCUCUUUGCUCCCUCAAACUUCUACUCAAAGCCUUCCAACGACGGGGAUGCAAAAAUCGAAACUUGCACUGCGUAUGAAUCAGGAUAGGGUUACGGCAAAAUCAUUGUACCGUCUAAAGGAUGAAGAUGAUUUCCCACCUUUGUCAAACUGAUUGUGGUGGGAAGGGAAGGGAAGGGAUGCUCUAUUUACAUCGGCAUAGUAAGUACGGAUAGAACAGGUUCUGCUAACAAACCGGCCUAAUCCUGAGCUUUCUGCCAUUGCGGCUCAUUUUCACUAUUGCCUAGGAUUUUAGGAAAUGAGUCAUUUUUUUUCUUCUUACCCUUCAGGGUAAUGCAAAUGCCUUUUUGUACAUUCUACUAAUUAUUCUCCCCCAUAUUAAAUUGCUUUGCAUUGAGUGAUUGUCUAUAUAUAGGAUAUUGAAAAGUAUGGUUUUCAAACAGGUCUUGUUUUGGCCUCCCAACCUUGUAGUUUAGCUUUGAACACAGAUUAUUUGUUGUUGCUUAGGUUAAAUGUAACUUCAACUGGCAUGUUCUUUUGUAACUGGAAUGAUAAUACUUUUUGGCUUGUCCUCUUGUAAGUGAAGCAUUUUUUGCUUUUUGGUUGUGUUGCUUAA